UAGCUUGUUUAUGAUAAAUACCUUUUCACUGACUAUUUUUAGGAGCCAUGUCUAUGAGUAAUUAGCCGGGUUAAUAGAAACGAGUAUAAAUGUAAUGAUCAAUGUCAACAUUGUCCUAGCUGGUAUUGCUUGUAAUGAAAUCAGGUUCUAGGAAAUGGAUAAACUUACUUUGCUGAUGUUUGUUUUGGUCCAUUGGAAUGCCACUCACAUUCAAGUAAAUCUGACAGCAGCUUGCACAGACAUCUUCCGGCCCCUGACUGGGCUGUACGACUACUGUUACUGGAUGAUUACAACUUUCCAGAAUAGUACCGACAGCAGCAAGCUGUGUGCGAAAGAUGGCGGAACUCUGGCCUGGGUGAAUAGUGCGGAGGCACAGGCUUUUGUAGAGAAAACUUUCACCGGGACGUUGACGGCUGGGAGCAUGUUUUACAUUGGCGUCCAGGACCCGGUGAGUGAGGAAUACUAUACAUAUACGGGGGAGAGACAGUACUACUUCAACUGGGACGCCGUCUACAGUCCAAUCACAGACUGGCAUUGUGUGAUGAUCAACUACGACAGCUUCAAAUGGCGGGAAGUCAAGUGCCUCUUUCCCAAACUAGCGCUGUGUUCGAAAACAAUUUUGAGAGAAUAUUUGUCCUCCUACUUUGAUCGAGUUCUCGUUGGAAAGGCCUUGACUGGCUACGAGGCGUCUGUGCUGGAAAACCUGAGCUUUAUACGUUGUGCAUUUGCUUGUCAAAUGAAUGUCAGAUGUAAAUCAAUCAACCAUGACGUCACCAGCAGACGAUGUACCAUCAACAGCGAAACUGCCGAAACUUACCCGUCGAAUGUAGCAAUAGCACCAACCGUCAGUUAUUAUACCGUUUUCAUUUGACAAGGUCAUGAGUUCAAGUUAUGUUUAUCGUUGUAUAAACCAUGUUCACCUAAACAAACAAAAGCACCAACAAAAACAAUUCUUUCGUGCUUUUUU